AUGGCUGAAGAUCCAAACAGAACACAAACACCAAUAAUUUUCGCUCCAAAGACUUAUCAAUAUGAUAAAUUAACAUUGAGCGAAUCCCAAUUGAAACCAGAUCCAUUAGAUCAAUUCACAUUAUGGUUUGAAGAAGCCAAAGAGGAUCCAAGAGAAACGUUACCUGAAGCAAUCACAUUUUCAUCUGCAGAAUUACCAAGCGGUAGAGUAUCAUCGAGAAUCUUAUUGUUUAAAGAAUUAGAUCAUCGUGGAUUUACUAUUUAUUCCAACUGGGGUACUUCAAGAAAGGCAAUGGAUAUAAAAUCAAAUCCACAUGGUGCUAUUAACUUUUUUUGGAAGGAUUUACAAAGACAAGUUAGAGUGGAAGGUUUCACGGAAUAUGUGAACCGUCAAACUUCUGAAAGAUAUUUCCAUACAAGACCACGCGGAUCUAAAGUUGGCGCUUGGUCUUCUCCUCAAUCACAAGUGUUGAAAGAUAGACAAGAAUUAGAGGAUUUAGUUAAGAAAAAUAAUGAAAGAUUCGCUGGAGUGGAAGAUGUACCUUGUCCUGAAUUUUGGGGUGGAUUAAGAAUCGUUCCACUAGAAAUUGAAUUCUGGCAAGGAAGACCAAGCCGUUUACAUGAUCGUUUUGUCUAUAGAAGGAAAACUGAACAUGAUCCAUGGGAAAUUGUUAGAUUAGCUCCAUGA